AUGUAUAGAUUCACUACAUUAUUACUAUUAUCAUCGAUUUUAUUUAUUUCACUGAUAUCUGCUCAGUCGACACCUACUAACCCUAGUUGUGUAUUUUGGGUAUCUUCAUUAUCAAAAGACGAUACAAAUUGCACAAUUUCAAAUCCAUGUUCGAAUUUAAAGGCAGCCAUUAUUCUUGCUAAUGAUGUAACAGCUAAUUGUACUACCACAGAUACCAGAUAUAUUUAUAUGAUUCCAGAUGGUGAUUACAAAGGAAAGGGAAACGUUGAGUUUUCAGUCGAUAUCAUCACCUCUGGCAUUGAGGAGAUCAAUAUUGUCGUUAGUUCUGCCGACUUGCCAGCAGAUAUCAACAACGUUGUCUACCCACUCGCCAAUCAAUCCUCAAAGAACGUCGUAAUCAACGGUGAAUACAAUGCUUUCCUCAUCAGAUUCUACCCCAACAAGGCGUUGUACACCUUCAUCGGUAUCGACUUUAUUAAUGGUAACGCUCGUGGUAACGUCGGUUAUCCACUCUACGUCAACGAAGCACCAUCCGUCAGUUUCAAAUCAUGUACCUUCCAAAAUAAUAGAGGUAAUAAAGGUGGAAUGUUAUUCAUUAGUUCGGUAUUCUCCACUUCGAAUAUCACAGAUUGUCAAUUCAUCAAUAAUACUGGUACUCUUGAGAGUGGUGCCGUCUAUAUCAGACAAUCGUUUGGUAUCAACAUUUUGAACACUACAUUCCAAUCGAAUACCGCUUCACAGGGUGGUGCUCUCUAUGUUUUGAAUUCAAACAUCGUUGUCAACAACUGUCAAUUCACCAAUAAUAAUGCUACCAACAAUGGUGGUGCUAUUUAUGUUAGUGGUUCAAAUGUAGCUGCAAAUCUUGGUUGGAGAAUGAAUACAUUCAGCAAGAAUACAGCUGUGCUUGGUGGUGCUAUUUACGAUACAGUUUCAACCAUUCGUUAUUACAACCUCAACUUGACAGGAAAUAUCGCUUCGGGCAAGGGUGGAGCCACCUACUUUUUGGAUUCGUCGUCCGGUAUCUUCAAAUCGGUUUUCGCUAAUAACAGUGCCGCUCAAGGUGGUGCUGUCUUCACCGUCGAUUCGUUCCCAAAGGGCAACCAACUGUUGAUCAGUGAGAGCAACUUCACCAUGAAUAUGGCCAGUGUCGGUGGUGCACUCUAUUGUAACUCGAGUACCGCACGUAUGAACUUCCAGAACACGUUUGAGAAGAACUCGGCAGAGAAUGCCGAUACCGCAGUGGAGUACUGUUCGAUCACCUGUUUGACCACCAACAAAGAGUGUGGUUGCACCAAGGGUUGUGGACUUCCACCACCUCCAGUCACAGUCGUCACCAACUCUACCGAAACAAAGAUCGCCAUCGCUAUUUUCGUUCCAGUGACAGCCAUUCUUUUGGGUCUCGUUGGUUAUCUGAUUUGGAAGACAAACAAAAACAAGAGUAAAAUGCAACAAAGAGCAUUCGAUGAAAUUAGAUUAACACCAAACAAUGAUAAUGAACAAUUAUAA